UGUGUUGCUUCGCUAUCCAGCUAUCUACAGGAGUUAACCGAUUUGGGAAGGAUGUGCGAGGAUCUAGACUGCGGGAUAUGUUACCGCGUUUACAACACCGGCCGACGGUGUCCUCGAUUGCUGAGCUGUAAACACAGCUUUUGUGAAAGUUGUCUGAUAACCCUCUCUCGGCGCGCCCCUUGUCACUCCGCCAAGUCCCAGACGGACUCGACGAUAGUCUGUCCCUUGUGUCGCCACGCCACUUCACUGACAGACGGCGGAGUGAAAGACAAGCUGCCGGUUGACGAAGACGUUUUGGAGCGCAUGAUGACAUCUGGGGUCUUGGAGGCAAAUUCAAACGAUAACGCUGAUGACGAAGAGCCACACAACGACACCUCCGACCACUGUUCAGUCACACAAACGGAUUCAGAUAACGACACAUCACCGACAACGCGGAGAGGAAAGGUCUGGAGAUCGCUCUGCCGGUUCUGUGAUAAAAUAACCGGGGGAAAUCGCAGAGGAGACAGCUGUAUGACCGAUCAAGACGUGAGGGACCUGGCUCUGAUGUCGUGCUACAUGAUCUGAAUGAAAGCCCUGGGCGAAGCGCGAGGAAACCUCGGCAGUACGCCUCAAAUGCAACUUCAGCGUAUUUGGAUGACGUACCUAAUUUACGUAACACAUUUCAAACGUUGAGUAGUAACACGCGCUGUUAACGUAAUAUGUCAUGUAGUAGUUUAGGUUUGGAAAAAAAUGUGAAGAAAGUGUGGAAUCAGCGUGAACGGAUGAACAUGGUUGAGAUUAUCACACACAGACAUGACCACGAUAACAGGGUACAUGUUGUCUGUAAGGACUUGGUAAAACAGUGUUACGCCUCCGUGUUUUGAUUUUCGAUUAAAUUCUCCAAAUCAAGGCCGGUUGCUUGGGAUAACAGUCGAUCACGUGCAUGAAGAGUGUUGGAUUGUGCUCGACGGGACUGGUGGAGUUUGACGAAGGGGUCUCUCCUUAGAGAAUAAUUGUGUAUCAAGUCAUGAUAUGAUUUGUUAUUUUAAAUUUAUGCGGCUCCAUCAUGUAAAAUUUAACUUAUUUUUUUUACGUUCUAUUUAUUUGUAAGUGAGUUUGU